GGGACGAGCGGGAGCCGGGGCCAUGCGGUGCCCGCCGGCGGCGGACGGGGCCGGCUCGCCCCCCGAGGGCCCGAGGAACGGCUACGUGAAGAGCUGCGUGAGCCCCCUGCGGCAGGACCCCCCGCGCGGCUUCUUGUUCCACCUCUGCCGCCUGUGCAACGUGGAGCUGCCGCCGCCGCCGCCCGCCUCCCGCCUCGGCCGGGCGCGCGUCCCGCUGGGCGCCCUGGCCGCCUUUGUCCUGGCGCUGCUGCUGGGCGCGGGGCCCGGGCCCGGGGGCUGGGGCUGGGGCUGGCUGGGCGCCGGGGCCGCGCGGCUGCGGACCCUGCUGAGCGUGUGCUCGCACAGCCUCAGCCCCCUGUUCAGCAUCGCCUGCGCCUUCUUCUUCCUCACCUGCUUCCUGACCCGGAGCAAGCGGGGCGCCGGGCCGGGCCGCGCGGGCGGCGGCGGCGCGUGGUGGCUGCUGGCGCUGCCCGCCUGCUGCUACCUGGGGGACCCGCUGCUGUGGCGCGCGUGGGCGUGGGCGUGGGCGUGGGCGCCGGGCCCCGCGGGGGCCCCGGCCGCGGCGCGGCUGUGCUCGGCGCUGAGCUGCGUGGGCUUGCUGACGCUCGCGCGCCCCGCGAGGCUCGGCCACAGCGCCCUGGUGCUGCUCUUCUCCGGCUGGGUCUGGUGGGUCUCGUUCACCGGGCUCGGGUCGCUGCCCGCCGCGCUGCGGCCGCUGCUCGCCUGCCUGGUCGGGGUCGCCGGCUGCCUGCUGGCCCUGGGCCUCGAGCACUUCUUUCCGAUCCGGGAGGCUCCGCGCGCUGCUCGCUCGGCCGGGGCGGCCGACGACAAAGUGCCUGUGAUCAGACCCCGCAGGAGGUCCAGCUGCGUGUCGUUCGGGGAGACCCCGGCCGGGCGCUCCGGCGGCUGCAAGAUGUUCAGGAGACCUUCGCUGCCUUGCAUCUCCCGGGAGCAGAUGAUUCUUUGGGAUUGGGACUUAAAGCAAUGGUAUAAACCUCAUUAUCAGAAUUCUGGAGGUGGAAGUGGAGUUGAUCUUUCAGUGCUAAAUGAGGCUCGAAAUAUGGUGUCAGAUCUUCUGAUUGAUCCAACCCUUCCCCCACAAGUCAUUUCUUCCCUGCGGAGUAUCAGUAGCUUGAUGGGUGCUUUCUCAGGUUCCUGUAGGCCAAAGAUUAAUCCUCUCACGCCAUUUCCUGGAUUUUACCCCUGCUCAGAAAUAGAGGACCCAACUGAGAAAGGAGAUCGAAAACUUCACAAGGGCCUAAGCAGUAGGACUAGUCUAUCGACUCCACAGCUGAGGAGGAGCUCCACAGCCUCAGGCCCGCCGCCCGCAGAACAGUCUUCAAGGUGGGAGCGCGGGAAUGGCAAGAGGCCACACCAAGAGUUUGGCAUUUCGAGUCAAGGAUCCUAUCUAAAUGGGCCUUUUAGUUCAAAUCUUCUGACAAUCCCGAAGCAAAGGUCAUCUUCUGUAUCCCUAACUCACCAUAUAGGUCUAAGAAGAGCUGGUGCUUUUCCCAGCCUGAGCCCUGUGAAUUCUCCAAGCCAUGGACCAGUAUCUGCUGGCUCUCUAACCAAUCAAUCACCUAUAGAAUUUCCUGACACUGCCAAUUUUCUUGCUAAGCCAGGUGUUAUUUUACACAGAUCUCUGGGCAGUGCACCCAACUCACCAGAUAUUUACCAGCAACUUAGAAAUUCGGAUAGCAGUUUAUGUAACAGCUGUGGACAUCAAAUAUUGAAAUAUGUUUCAACAUCUGAAUCUGAGUCUGGUACAGACUGCCACAAUGGGAAGUCAGGUGAUGAAGACAACACUGUUCCCCCAAAACAACCAUUCAACUGUGCAGAAGUGCAACAAGAAGUGGAAACAGAAAACGGAGACUACAGAAAAUUAUUUUUGGAAGGUGAUAAUCACCUAACAGAAGAGGCACAGAAUGAACCACAACCAAAUAUUGAACAGGAAGCACCACUGGACCUGAUUUUAAUAGAAGAUUAUGACUCCUUAAUAGAAAAGAUGAGCAACUGGAAUUUUCAAAUAUUUGAAGUUGUGGAAAAAAUGGGAGAGAAAUCAGGAAGGAUCCUUAGUCAGGUUAUGUAUACCUUAUUUCAAGACACUGGCUUAUUGGAAAUAUUUAAAAUCCCCACUCUACAGUUCAUUAACUAUUUUCGUGCAUUGGAGAAUGGCUACCGAGACAUUCCUUAUCACAAUCGCAUACACGCAACAGAUGUCCUACACGCAGUUUGGUAUCUGACAACACGGCCAAUUCCUGGUUUACAGCAGAUCCACAAUGAUCCUGCAUCAGGAAAUGAAACAGACUCUGAUGGUAGAGUGAACCAUGGGCAAACUGCUUACAUUUCUUCAAGGAGCUGCUCUAUUCCAGAUGAGAGCUAUGGUUGCCUUUCUUCAAACAUUCCUGCGCUGGAAUUAAUGGCUCUCUAUGUGGCAGCUGCCAUGCAUGAUUACGAUCACCCAGGGCGGACAAAUGCAUUUCUAGUGGCUACAAAUGCCCCUCAGGCAGUUUUGUACAACGACAGAUCUGUUUUAGAAAAUCAUCAUGCUGCAUCAGCUUGGAAUUUGUAUCUUUCCCGCCCAGAAUACAACUUCCUUCUUAAUCUUGAUCAUGUGGAAUUCAAGCGCUUUCGUUUUUUAGUCAUUGAAGCAAUCCUUGCCACAGAUCUUAAAAAGCAUUUUGAUUUCCUUGCUGAGUUCAAUGCCAAGGCCAAUGAUGUAAAUAGUAAUGGUAUAGAAUGGAGUAAUGAAAAUGAUCGCCUCUUAGUAUGCCAAGUGUGCAUCAAACUGGCAGAUAUAAACGGCCCAGCAAAAGUUCGGGACUUGCAUUUGAAAUGGACAGAAGGCAUUGUCAAUGAAUUUUAUGAGCAGGGAGAUGAAGAAGCAAACCUGGGUUUGCCCAUCAGUCCCUUCAUGGAUCGGUCUUCGCCUCAACUAGCAAAACUCCAAGAAUCUUUCAUCACCCACAUCGUGGGUCCUCUGUGUAACUCCUACGACGCUGCUGGCUUGCUGCCGGGUCAGUGGAUAGAGGCAGAGGAGGACGAGGACACGGAGAGUUGUUACGAUGAAGAUGGUGAAGAAUUAGAUAGUGAUGAUGAAGAAAUAGAAGACAAUCUAAAUCCUAAACCACAGAGGAGGAAAAGGAGACGGCGAAUAUUUUGUCAGCUCAUGCACCACCUCAGCGAAAACCACAAGAUCUGGAAGGAAAUCAUAGAGGAAGAAGAGAAAUGUAAAGCCGACGGGAAUAAGCUGCAGGUGGAAAACUCCUUACCUCCAGCAGAGGACAUCCAGGUCAUCGAAGAAGCAGAUGAAGAGGAGGAGAGACAGUUUGAGUAAAAGGAAAGGUAGAUGGAAACCGCACCGAGGGCUGUGCCGGGGGCCAGGGGUCCCUGCCUGCUGGUCCUGCGUGGACAGAUGGACACUGGCAGGCUCACUUCCUGCCCUGUGCACUUCCCAUCACACAGAUGGCCGAGUCCCGUGGCCUUAGAGAGCAGCUCCCGUGGACUCACACCGCGGAGCGCUUCCUUGAAGCCUUCACUGUAUCCGAGUACUUUGUCCCAAUAACGCUUUGCUGGGUAGUAAGCUCUUAUUUUCCACGAGCAGUAGCUAGAACUAAAAAUUCAAGUGACUUCAGUUUCCAAAGUGGCCAGAACUUUUGGCUUUUCAUGAAAGCAGGAUUCAUCUUGUGUUUCCAAAUGUGUGUCUUUUUAUGUCUUUGAACGUUUGGCGGUGGGGUGGGACGGGGGGAGUCUGUGCCUAUCUAAAAAGGAAUCCAGUGUUGCCUUUCAAGUGGGGGGGUCUGUUCAAGGCAAGGCACUGUUCAGUGCUGAGCUCCCAGCUAGGUUUCUACAUGAAACACUGAGUGACCUUUGUCAAAUAUAACAGAAUCCAGGUGCAUCGAUUUCUGAUGCUUCUUACUGUUGUGUGUUACCUACUACGUGUGUGUGUUUCUCCUCAGAGUAUUCAGGUUUGCCAUGGACAUCAGAAGUCUGAAUUCCAGUCCAUGGUUGAAUUUUUAAAGCUGUUCGGGUUUUAACAAUGAAGGGAUUUUCUUUAGUCAAAACUGUUCUUAUAACUGUUGCUCAGGAUUCAUAUUUUUUAAACAUUUAGUUAAUAUAAACAGAUUUGUCAGAAGAAAGCCGAAUUGUCCUAAAGAUGUUAGCCUUUUCUGAGAGGAGCGUUCUUCUUUGAUAUAUUUGAGUCUAAUCAAAAGAAAUAGUAGGAGUUCCAGAAGACACAGUGAAUAAUUGGAAUACAUGCUUAUCUCCAGAUCCGUAUCUUGGGCGUCCUAACAUUUAGUCACAGUAGGACUGAUGUUAAUCUUUGUUAAUUUCCUACUGCCUGGAGACUACAUGUCAGAAGUGACGGAGGACUACUCAGUACUGCUAAAGCCCAACUGUGACUCUAAUCUUAAAAUAUAAAUGGUGGGAAUACUUAAUUGCAAAGAAAAUGGACCAUACUUACAAUGUUCGUCAACUCAUAAGGUACAGAUAUGUACCUGAGUUGUGAAAAGGUUUUGAAGAUAUAAAAAGGAGCCUAAAUGAUAUAGCAGGAUGGUAGACAUGUUUUUUUUUCCUUGGAGACCAUAUUUUGGAUCUAUAUAGCUUUUGUAGACAGUAAAACCAGUAAUUUUCCAAGAUGAUUCCUUUUAAGUAUGAUUUCAGGCAAUUUCUUACCUACCUAGAAUAUUUGGCAUAUCUCAGAGAUAUUAAAGAUCUAUACAAGUGUUGGAAGUUUUGAUCUUGUAUAAUAUUUAAUGAAUCACCAAGCUUUAUUUAUUAGAUAUGUUGAGUGCUAAGUUUCUUCCUGCCACUUUUGCUACCACUGCCAGAUAAUUUGUAACCCGGUCGCACAUUACUAAGUAAUAAAAUUUUAACUAAUUUAUUGAGUUUGCACUUAA